UAGUCAUAGUUGUGGUGGCUAUGAUUUCAUAUGUUAACGAUUAACCUAAUAAAAGAAAUUUGUUUGGAAUUUCUCCGGUCUUUCUUCUUCACCUUCUCCGGCAUCGGAAGGAACAUACACUAUUUUCAUCAUCAGACUCAACCUCCAUUCAAUCUUCCUUCUUCUAUUACUUGUACCAAUUUCAUUGACCUUCAGUUUCGUCUCCGAUUCCCAUGGCCACUUCUCAACAUCCACCACCUUUAGAGAUUCUGGUUCGAGGAUCAGAUGGUUUUUCAAUCUGGAAUGGCCCCCCAUUCGUCGACAACCAACCCACCACCAAAAAACUCGACAAGGUUGCUUGCACCAGUACGAAAUUCAGUGAAGAUGGAUCCAAAUUGCUGGUUACGAAGCCUGAAACUUUGAGCAUUUAUGAAUGCCGUGGUUUUGGAGAGAUCAAGUCUUUUGAAGUACCCAAUUUGCUUGCGGCUGCUUUGUCACCUUGUGGGACUUAUCUCCAGACAUUUCAGAAAUCUUCAACUCCUCAAGAAAAGAAUGUUGUUCUCUGGAAGGUUGACACUGGUGAUCUUGUGUACUCUCAAUUUCAGAAGAAUAUGACCAAAGUGUCAUGGCCUGCAAUUCGAUUCAGCUCUGAUGAAACUGUUGCCUGUCGGAUGGCUACUAAUGAGAUACAGUUUUUUGAUACUAAAGAUUUCUCUAAGGGAGUUAUUCAUCGGCUAAGAGUUCCAGGAGUCGUUGCAAUUGAACUCUCAAGGACACCUGGAACCCACAUUGCAGCCUUUGUUCCCGAGUCCAAGGGGGUUCCUGCCAGUAUCCAAAUCUUUGCUUGUGGAGACUCACAAACUCAACCGAUUGCUCGACGAAGUUUUUUCCGUUGUUCAACGGUUCAACUAAACUGGAACAAUGGUUCUACUGGGCUUCUAAUUGUUGUGCAAGCAGAUGUAGAUAAAACCAACCAGAGUUAUUAUGGUGAAACAAAGUUAAACUACUUGACAACUGAUGGGGUUCAUGAAGGACUUGUACCACUUCGUAAAGAAGGACCCGUUCAUGAUGUGCAGUGGUCACCGAGUGGUUCGGAGUUUGCAGUAGUAUAUGGGUGUAUCCUUAUUAUUGUACCAUAUUGCGGAAGCUGUGCUUUCUCUUUGCCUCGCACUUCUUGUUCCUUGACAAAAAAAAAAGUUAUGCCUGCAAGAGCAACGGUGUUUGACAAGAAGUGCAAGCCUCUUCUUGAGCUUGGAGAAGGUCCCUACAACACUGUACGAUGGAACCCAAAGGGGAAAUUUCUAUGUUUGGCUGGCUUCGGUAAUCUGCCUGGUGACAUGGCAUUUUGGGACUACAAGGAGAAAAAACAGCUUGGAAGAACAAAAUCUGAAUGCUCCGUUACUAGCGAGUGGUCGCCAGAUGGACAGUAUUUCAUGACUGCCACAACGGCUCCCAGACUUCAAGUUGACAAUGGGAUAAAAAUUUUCCAUUACAAUGGAGCUUUAUACUUCAAGAAAAUGUUUGACAAGUUGUUCCAGGCCGAUUGGAAGCCAGAGUCUUCAGAUAAGUUUGGUGAAAUCGAUCUACUAGUCAAGUCAGUAGAAUCGCUCAAUGUUGAUCAAAAGAAAACACAAGGACAAGGGUCAAAAGUCUCACAAACAUCGCAGAAAACCGCUCCUUCAAACCCACCUGUUCAGAAGCCUGCUGCUUAUAGGCCUCCACAUGCGAAAAAUGCUGCUGCUAUUCAGGCAGAGUUGCUUGGAGAAGGCCCUAAAGAAACACUGAGUAAGAACGCCAUGCGGAACAAGAAGAAAAGGGAGAAACAAAAGGAGAAGAAGGCAGGGGAAGCUGCUUCAUCAGCCAAUGAUGUGUGAGGUAUGCAGUAUUCAACAUAGAAUUCAGGUGUUUCCAUGUUCGCUUCUAGCAUUUGCGCCAGGAGCUUUUGAUUUGAAGCUUAGAGCUUUCUCAAAGUACAAUUCAACAACGGAUUCGAGUGAAAUAUUAACUGCCAAAGGGAGACAAUAGGAAGGUUCAAUCCUUCAAGAAUUUUGAGAAAAAUUUUAAAUGUAACACAAGGCUCUUAAGAGUCUCUUGAGUACCAAGUUAUUAUUGGUCUUGUCUUUAUGGUUUUAAACCUUAAAAAGGUGACCAUCCUUAGCUGCAGUUAUCUUGUUCUUGCGUACUUUAUCCAUUAUGAUUCGAAGUUCGACCACCAACUGACCAAAAUCAGAUCAAGCCAAUAUGAUUGGAACCAAAAAAAUUAAACAAAUUGAACCAACUAUUAUUUGUUGUAUGCUUCAGAAAUUGAGCUGAAUACAUGUAUUUGCACUUUGCUGAAAAUACUUUGAAGACUGUCUUUAGUCUUAUUAAAACUUAGGAUAUCUUUCUUUGUGUCA